UCUACGUACAUCAGACAUCCUCUCUUGUCUAUAUCCAUUUAUUAAUUUCCAACAAUACUAAAACUAGUUUUCUAUCUCUCAUCCCUCAUCAAGAACAAAAGGCUGCUUGUCAUGGGAAAUCAUGUCAGCAGGAUUUCCAUGUUACAUCUUCUUCUUGGAUUAUUUUUAACUUUAUCAGGUUUCUGUUUUCUAGGAGAAGUAGAAUCCCUGGGCAUUAACUACGGACAAGUGGGCAACAAUUUGCCCCCCCCGGAUAGAGUUCUUGAUCUCUUGCGCUCUCUAAAGCUAACAAAAGCCAGAAUCUACGACACCAACCCUCAAAUUCUGACAGCAUUUGCCAACUCCAAUAUCGAACUUGUCGUCACAGUCGAGAACCAAAUGCUACCCAUCUUGAUGGAUCCCAACCAAGCCCUUCAAUGGGUUCACACCCACAUUAGGCCCUAUUUUCCAGCCACCAGAAUCACAGGGAUCGCCAUCGGAAACGAGGUUUUCACCGGCGGCGAUACUGCUCUGAUUUCUUACCUCGUGCCAGCAAUGGUGAACAUCCACGCGGCUUUAGUUCGAUUUGGAUUAGACAGAUUCAUCCACGUUUCUACACCCAGUUCUUUAGCAGUUCUCCAGGAGUCGUUCCCGCCGUCGGCAGGGUGUUUCCGCCCGGAGCUCAACCGGAUAAUGCCCCAGUUCUUGCGGUUCUUGGCUGCUACACAAGCCCCAUUUUGGAUCAACGCGUACCCGUAUUUCGCGUACAAAGACGACCCGAAUAGUAUUUCUCUGGACUACGUGCUUUUCAACCCGAAUUCGGGAGUGGUGGACCCUUACACCAAGUUACAUUACGACAACAUGUUGUAUGCUCAAGUGGAUGCAGUGACAUUUGCGAUGGCAAGAAUGGGGUACGGAGGUAUAGAAGUGAGGGUAUCGGAAACGGGCUGGCCUUCUAGAGGCGACCCGGAUGAAAUCGGGUCAACGGUGGAAAACGCUGCGAUUUACAACGGGAAUGUGUUGAGGCGGCAAUUGAAAAACGAAGGGACUCCAUUGAAGCCGAAUAGGAGGUUAGAGGUUUACGUGUUUGCAUUGUUCAAUGAGGACAUGAAGCCCGGCCCGACUUCAGAGAGAAAUUAUGGUUUGUUGCAGCCAGACGGAACGAUGGUGUACAAUUGCGGGCUAUUUGAAUUGGCAAGUACUUCCUUGACUUCCAAUGCCACCCAGGUUAAAUCGUAGGUUUAUUAUUCUUCGGGUUCUUUUAUUUAUUUUCUGUAGUUUAUUAUACCAAAAUGUAAACAUAAAAAUGUACACGUUUUAUAUAGCUGCUACAUUAAAUAAAUAUAGCAUAGUUCUUGAAAUACCAAAAUGUAUGGUUCGGCUAUUUUCUUGUUAUUGAAAAUCAUGUUUGUAAUACUUUACUCGAAAUUGGGACCAAAUGUUGCUUAAUGAA